CUAGGUCAACACGCAUAGGGCAGCUAAGCGUAUCUACUCGGCACGUUCGUUCAAAUCCGCUGCGCCGUUGCGCUAAGCUUCCGCGAAACGCGUGGCAAGUUCCCUGAUAUUACUAUCCAACACGGUGAACAAUUAAUUAUAAACAUCGACACAUGCGCCUGCUACGGUGCCAUCGAAAUUUUGAGAUUUGGCUGUUGUGAGGAUCAACGGGUUGUGUAUUAUAGUGUGUCGAUUCAUUUGGUUGCAGAUAAUAUGAAUCUAGAGGAGUACCGCAAGCAUGGAAAAGAAAUGGUGGAUUACAUUGCCGAUUAUCUGGAAAAUAUUCGAUCUCGACGCGUUUACCCGGCGGUUUCUCCCGGUUACCUGAGGAACGUUUUGCCUACAUCCGCACCUGUGAAUGGCGAACCUUGGGAGGAUAUAUUCGCGGACAUCGAAAGGUGCAUCAUGCCAGGAGUGACGCAUUGGCAGAGUCCACAUAUGCACGCCUAUUUUCCAGCCCUUAAUUCACCUGCAAGUCUGCUAGCCGAUAUGCUGGCCGACGCAAUCAAUUGUCUUGGAUUUACUUGGGCUUCGAGUCCUGCGUGUACAGAACUCGAGACAAUCGUAAUGAACUGGCUCGGGAAAAUGAUUGGCCUGCCAGAUAAAUUCUUACAUUGUCCUGGAGGAUCCGGAGGUGGUGGCGUGAUACAAACAACCGCAUCCGAAGCCACUCUCGUUUGCUUACUCGCAGCGAGAACCCGAGCAAUUAGAGACGUGCAACAAAAUGAACCGGAUCGUUUGCCUGCUGAGAUUAAUUCGCGUCUUGUCGCGUAUUGCUCCGACCAGGCUCAUUCCAGUGUAGAAAAAGCUGGAUUGAUAGGAUUAGUUCGAAUGAAGUACAUCGAAUCUGACAAUGAACUGAGUAUGAGAGGAGAGGCUUUGCUCGAAGCAAUAACGCACGACAGAGCUGCGGGAUUACUUCCCUUUUUUGUUUGCGCUACUUUGGGUACAACGGGUGCCUGUGCUUUCGAUAAUCUCAAAGAAGUUGGUCUUGUGUGUGAACAGAAUGGACUCUGGUUGCACGUGGAUGCAGCUUACGCGGGCAGUGCAUUCGUGUGCCCUGAAUUUCGCGGCUGGCUUCAAGGAAUAGAAUAUGCCGAUUCCAUUGCAUUUAAUCCUAGUAAAUGGCUCAUGGUGCAUUUUGAUUGCACCGCUAUGUGGGUGAAAAGUAGCCAAGCAUUGCACAGAACCUUUAACGUGGAUCCGUUGUAUUUGAAGCAUGAAAACUCAGGGCUUGCUAUCGAUUACAUGCACUGGCAAAUCCCAUUGUCAAAGAGAUUCAGAGCGCUGAAAUUGUGGUUCGUCAUUAGAAAUUACGGAAUCACCGGUCUUCAAAAGCAUAUUCGCGAGGGCGUUAGACUGGCACAAAAAUUUGAAGCACUCGUUUUAGCAGACGCGCGCUUCGAAAUUCCAGCAACAAGGCAUCUAGGACUUGUAGUGUUUCGUCUUCGUGGAGAAAAUAAUUUAACAGAACGUUUAUUGAAAAAGAUGAAUUCGAGGGGCCGUGUUCAUUGCGUACCAGCUGCUUUGCAUGGAAAAUACGUGAUUCGAUUUACGGUCACUUCGACUAACACCACCAAUGAAGAUAUCUUAAGAGACUGGGCCGAGAUACGAAAUACAGCAAACGAAAUUCUAGGAGAUACCACAACUUCUCCUGUACGAGCGAAAGUUCCACUUGCAGAAAGCUCAGACACUCGAGAGAAGAAUGAAAAUUUUGGUUCAAGUUUGUUGUUGGCUAAUUCUCCAAUGUCACCAAAAAUUGUGAAUGGCAGCUUCGCUGCAAUAUACGAUACUGCGGAUGUAUUCGAAGAAUGCACGAAAGCGUUUGGUCAACUACGACUCGAAGCUAGAGAUAGUCCAGCUAUGCGGCGCCGGAUUCGAGGAAUAUUGAUGUCAGGAAAACAAUUCUCUUUAGAUUCCCGCAUGGAUCUCGUACAGGGAUACGUUAGCUGUCGAGAAAUGGCGUCGGAAUUGCCAUUGCAAGAGGACGAAGAUUUUGGAACUAGUGAAAUCUCUGACACUAAUCAAUCCAAAAAUGAUGAUCCUGGUGAAUGUUCAACCAACCAACAAGAGGCGGAUGUUUCCGGAAACAUAGACAAAUCGUUAAGAAGACAAAUUUCUAAUACUCGCCCAAAUUACGUUGUGAAUGGCUCGGUAAAGAUCGGUUCUCAAGACUGCUCGAACACUCUAACGUCCAUAAUGUCUGCCGAAAGUAAUCUGCCAAGAAGUGAAACAAUAGCUGCGAUCGGUCAUCGUCCUUAUAGCGGCGAUUUGUCAUCGAUGCAGGGCCACAAUGAGAAUCCUGAUGAAGGAAACGAAGGCAGCGUGGGGGACGCAGCUGUAUGCAGAAAAUGUGGUCAUUGCAUGAAGAAGGAAUAGAUUUAUAUUGUGACGUCGAUGGAUUCUAUGUUGUUCAGAUUUAAGCGUGGUGCCUCGCAGGGCUCGCGACAAAUUGUUGAAGAGAAAGUACAUAAUCAGCUACGAUAUUAAAUCUGAAUUUACCGUCUAAAA